AUGGCCGUGGACCUGAUGGGCUGCUACGCCCCGCGCCGCGCCGACGACCGGCUCGCCAUCCAGGAGGCGGCGGCGGAAAGUCUCCGCAGCCUGGAGCUCCUGGUGUCGUCCCUGUCCACCCAGGCCGCCGCGCCGCACAAGGCCGCUCAUCACCUGCAGCAGCAGCCGUUCGGCGAGAUCGCCGACCAGGCCGUCUCCAAGUUCCGCAAGGUCAUCUCCAUCCUCGACCGCACCGGCCACGCCCGCUUCCGCCGCGGGCCCGUCGAGUCGCCGCCGCGGGCGGCCGCGGCGCCUCCGGUCGUCGCCGCUCCUGUCCCCGCUCCCGCUCUAACCCUGGCGCCACUGGCUCACGUGGCGCCCGUCAGUGUGGCGCAGCCGUCGCCCGCCGCGCACCCGCAGAGCCUGACGCUGGACUUCACGAAGCCGAACCUGACCAUGUCGGGCGCCACGUCCGUCACCUCCACGUCGUUCUUCUCGUCGGUGACGGCCGGCGAGGGCAGCGUCUCCAAGGGCCGGAGCCUGAUGUCCUCCGGCAAGCCGCCGCUGUCCGGCCACAAGCGGAAGCCCUGCGCCGGCGCGCACUCCGAGGCCACCACAAACGGCAGCCGCUGCCACUGCUCCAAGAGAAGGAAAAACCGCGUGAAGAGGACCAUCAGAGUGCCGGCGAUCAGCUCGAAGAUCGCCGACAUCCCGUCGGACGAGUACUCGUGGAGGAAGUACGGCCAGAAGCCCAUCAAGGGCUCCCCCUACCCACGGGGCUACUACAAGUGCAGCACUGUGCGGGGAUGCCCGGCGAGGAAGCACGUGGAGCGCGCCACCGACGACCCGGCCAUGCUGGUGGUGACCUACGAGGGCGAGCACCGCCACACCCCCGGCGCGGCCGGGCCGAGCCCCCUGGCGACCGCGUCGCCGGUCGCCGCCGCUGUCUCCGUCUCCGGCGGCAACGGGCAUGUCUAG